GUCAGAGCCAUCCAUAAAUUCCCCAGUUUCAAGAAACUGGACUCACCCAUUCCAGUUCUUGGACUCAAGUCCAGGUUCCCGCAAAUGGAUUCUAAGAGCCAGAAAUUUUCUGCUAAAUCUCUCAGUUCCGAUGGCGGUAGCACUGCAACAAUCUCCCAAAGAGCGUUUGGGAUUUUGCACUUGGUUGUAUCACUUGGGAUAAUUCUCGCCACGGACAAGUUCUUGAAGAAGGCGUUUGUGGCUGCAGCUAUUAAGUUUCCUAGUGCUUUAUUUGGGAUGUUUUGCAUAUUUUCUGUUCUGAUGAUUCUUGAUUCUACAAUCCCAGUUGCCGCAACAAACUUGAUGAACUUCUUCGAGCCAGGGCUUCUCUUCAUUCAAAGAUGGCUCCCAUUGUUCUAUGUUCCAUCGUUGGUUGUUCUGCCUCUUUCAGUUAGAGAUAUUCCUACUGCUUCGGGCCUCAAGAUUUGCUACAUUAUGGUUGGAGGGUGGUUAGCUUCACUUUGUGUUGCGGGUUAUACCGCCAUUGCAGUGAGGAAACUAGUAAAAACUGAAAUGACUGAUGCUGAACCUAUGUCCAAGCCCUCACCUUUUUCUUCCACAGAACUGUGGGCAUGGAGCGGAGUCUUUCUUAUUUCAUUCGUCUCUGCAUUGUUUUACCCAACUGCCCUGGGGACGAGUGCUCAAACAUGUCUCCCCUUCCUGCUUGCAUCCACUGUGUUAGGCUACAUGGUUGGUUCUUGGUUGCCAUCGGAUGUGAAGAAGGUAUUCCAUCCAAUUAUUUGUUGUGCACUAUCUGCAGAUUUGGCAGCAGUAGCAUUUGGGUACUUCUCGCGAUUGGGACUCGAUCCUGUUCUAGGUUAUUACCUGACAAAGGCAUCAACUAAUCCUGGUGCUGGUGAUGUUUUAAUGGGAUUUUUGGGAUCUGUCAUUCUCUCAUUUGCCUUCUCAAUGUUCAAACAGAGAAAGCUUGUUAAGAGACAUGCAGCUGAAAUCUUCACCUCUGUCAUUGUAUCAACAGUCUUUUCAUUGUAUUCAACUGCUAUUCUGGGACGUCUUGUUGGAUUAGAGCCAACUUUGACUGUCUCUAUUCUCCCCAGAUGCAUAACCGUCGCAUUAGCUCUCAGCAUUGUGUCAUUUUUUGAAGGUGCCAAUUCAUCUCUAACAGCUGCUGUGGUGGUGGUAACUGGUUUGAUUGGAGCAAAUUUUGUGCAAGCAACUCUUGAUAAGCUCCGGUUUCGUGAUCCCAUUGCUCGAGGAAUAGCAACAGCAUCAAGUGCUCAUGGACUUGGAACAGCGGCAUUGUCAGCCAAGGAACCUGAGGCUCUCCCGUUUUGUGCCAUUGCUUAUGCUCUGACUGGAAUAUUUGGUUCUUUGAUUUGCUCUGUUCCAGCAGUCAGGCAAAGCUUGCUGGCAAUAGUUGGCUGAAUCAUGCAGCAGGUUGAUUUUUUUUUCUUUUUUCUUUUUUCUUUUUUGCACAUAUUUAAGUGAAUAAUAUAAUGCAGGGACUAUAAGGAAGGUUCAGCUAGUUACUAUGGGAUGUAAUUUCAACUUGCCUUUUUAAUUUUUGGGGGUCUGCUCGAUUUAUAAUACAAAAUCUUAAGGAAAUGCAGAUGAAGGAUCAGUAUGACACCCAUAAAGUGUAAUUGAGUUAUUAAAACUACAUAUCAAAUUAAUAAAAAUUACCAACUUUUGGGUUUCUUAA